GUUGCCAGGCAAAAAAGAUCCCUCCAGUGUAUCAACCAUCAGCCAUGAGCAGCAACUACAUAAACCCCCUCACCCUCCUCACUCCAAACCCCUCUUCUCAUGCAUUGUUUUAUGCAUUUCUCUCUGUAAUUCUAUCUCUCAGGCAUUUCCACAAACAGUAAACCAUUUGAAACGUUUCUCUCACACGACAAUGGCCAGACCACAACAGCGAUAUCGAGGCGUCCGUCAGAGGCAUUGGGGAUCUUGGGUCUCCGAAAUUCGACACCCUUUAUUGAAGACUAGAAUUUGGCUGGGCACAUUCGAAACGGCAGAGGACGCAGCCCGAGCCUAUGAUGAAGCGGCGAGACUCAUGUGCGGGCCUAGAGCAAGGACAAACUUUCCUUACAAUCCUAAUGCGCCUCAAUCCUCUGCGUCCAAGCUUCUCUCUGCAACUUUGACAGAAAAACUACAUCGUUGCCAUUUGGCUUCUCUUCAAAUGACAAAUUCCAUGAUGAAGGAACCCCAUAAAACUCCCUCGCCGGUGGUCUUGUCCAAUAACAGCAUUACCGAAGACUCAAAGGAAAUGGGUAUGUGGUCGUCAUCGAAGAGACCAGCUGUGCAACAUCCCGAGACUAAUUGGGUCGUGAAGAAAGUCCAAAUGGAGAGCAGCCAGCAAUUCAAACCUCUCGAAGAUGAUCAUAUAGAGCAGAUGAUAGAGGAGUUGCUCGAUUAUGGGUCUGUUGAGCUUUGCUCUGUUCUUCCAUCUUAGGCUGUUGAAACUAGUUGGGUAGUGAAGAAAUUCCAAUUCGAGAAUAGCCAACAAUUCAAGCCACUCUACGAUGAUCAAAUAGAGUCUGAUAAAGGAGUGGCUUGAUUAUGGGUCUGUUGGUUUUAGCUCUGUUCUUAUAUCUUAGCCUCUCUUUUGUAGCUAUAAGCAUCUCAGUAUCUCUCUAUCCCUCAUUUCAGCUAAUGUAACACACGUAUUCCUAUUUAACCUUUCAGAGUCUCUCUUUAAGUGUUCUUAGAUCGUCUAUAGGCUUUAGUUUUUAAGUUCCAAGUGACUAAUCUGAUGGUGAUGACACCAUUAUUAUUAGAUGUACAGUAAGGAAAUUUCAAGGCAAUUCUACUAUAGUAGUAUAAAUA